AUGCAUCAAACUCCCACUGAAGCCUCAGGUAGUUUUCGGGCCAGUGGUAGCUCCUCUGAUGAGCUUCAAGAGCUCGAUAGAUCGUUGAAGCUGCUCACUGGUCUCAUUUCGCAAUCAAAGAAAGAAGGAUAUGAAUCCUCCAGGUUGAAGGCUUCUAUUGGAACAGCUCUGUUCAAGUACGUGAUGAGAUAUGCACCAGAAGACAGCCACUACUUUAAUCGAGAUCGUUUAGUCGUGUCAGGACAUUAUGCUGGCAGAUGGAAAGGCUUAUUUGAGCAUCUCAUCGCAGCACAAGGCAUCAUCGUCAGCCUUCCAAAUAUUGCCAGCGACCUUCCCGGAACAAUUCACACUCACAGUGACUCAAAUAAAGCAAUCGAGGGUGCUAUAGGCCAGGCAGUUGCAUUUAAAAGCCUUAUGAUGCUCUACAACAAACCAGAUCUGGAGCUUCUAGACAACAUGAUUUGGUGCAUCAUCGAUGAUCCCAAGUUUCAGCAGGGCAGUGCUCUAGAUGCAGUCGCUCUUGCCGGCAGUUGGAAGCUCAGCAAUCUCUGUGUAAUUCAUGAUAGCACGUAUGACUCAAUGAGCGAUAGUCUUCAAGUCAAAAACUUCAAGAGGCAUGGCUGGAAAGUACUUGAACUGGUAAAUGACGAGAACUUUACUAUCGCCACCCUAUAUAUGGCCCUCAACUACUCAAGAAGAAGCGAUUCGCCGACUUUGAUCAGUAUUCAACUGCCGAAUCGCCCCUUGUCCCACGAAGUAGACUCUUAUCUUAACAACAAUGCUCCGCUCUACCUCUCGCAGGAGCUUUACGAUAUCUUUCUAGAUGUAUUCAAGAAGAGUAAGCUCUACGAAGCCGAUUGGCUAGUGAGGGUAAAGAAAUACAGGGAGCUGUACCCAACGCUUGCUCGGGAGUUCUGGUACCACGUUGCAGGCAGGGCAGCAACCAUUACUCAACAUCAACCUGCACUCACUAGCCCGAUACCUCUGCCGAUACCUCCCUUAUCAGCUGAUCAGUGGUCCCGGAUAAGGGAACGCAGAUCCUUCAGAGGUGAUGACUUGUCACAGCGGCCAAACAGGCGUUCGAGGCCAGGGAGGACAAAGCCCGAAGCAUUUCACAUCCGACCCUGCGACGCCGAAGAAGCUGCAGGCGCUUUUCUCGUGACCAUCAGAUCAAGCAAGAUACCAACAACAAUUUUCCUGCCGCAGAAUGGUGCCACCAGCUUUACAGAUCACUCGUCCCGUCUAGGUGUGACACAUGGAGCUUACACGUUCUCCAAAUGUCACGACGAGGACUUUGACUUGACUCUCAUAGCCGCCGGAGUUGUUAUUCACUAUGCAAUGGGCACACAAGAGCUCCUCAUACGGGAAUAUGGUUUGAAAGCCAAAAUAGUGUCAUGUCCCUGCCUUAGGCUAUUCCAGCUGCAGACAGAGGAGUAUAGGAAAUCUGUCCUUUGGCCGCAGAGCAGGAAACCGACCGUGGCAAUUGACUUUGGGAAUAGCCAGGGGUGGAAGCCCUAUGCAGACGCAUUAAUGUUAUUGGAAGACGGCGCGAAUGUAGAGACAGAGGCUAAUAUGCCUAAGAGGAUUGGGCGCAGGAUCAGAGAUUUCGUUCAAGAGUUUAAAGAGCGAAAUUCCUUUCAAGUUGAAUGA